CACACAGAGCGGUCGGCAGUUAUCUUUGGAUUGUGUCUUUUCAUUCAGGCAUCAUGGGCAAGGGAGAUCCUAACAAGCCAAGGGGCAAGAUGUCGUCCUAUGCGUACUUUGUGCAGACGUGCAGAGAAGAACACAAGAAGAAACACCCGGACUCCUCUGUUAACUUCGCCGAGUUCUCAAAGAAGUGCUCCGAGAGGUGGAAGACCAUGUCUGCAAAAGAGAAAUCAAAGUUUGAAGAGAUGGCAAAAAAUGAUAAAGUCAGAUAUGAACGUGAGAUGAAAACCUAUAUACCACCUAAAGGAGAGAAGAAGGGAAAGAAAAAGAAGGAUCCAAACGCACCAAAGAGGCCACCAUCUGCCUUUUUCCUAUUCUGUUCUGAACAUCGUCCCCAGAUAAAGAGUGAGAGUCCUGGUCUUUCCAUUGGUGACACUGCUAAGAAGCUAGGAGAAAUGUGGUCAGAGCAGACUCCUAAGGAUAAGCUACCAUAUGAGCAAAAAGCAGCCAAGCUAAAGGAGAAAUAUGAGAAAGAUGUUGCUGCAUACAAGGCAAAGGGGAAAAGUGAUGUUGGCAAGAAAGUUCCAGGAAGGCCGACAGGUUCUAAAAAGAAGGCUGAACCAGAGGAAGACGAUGAUGAUGAAGAUGAGGACGAAGAGGAUGAGGAGGAUGAUGAUGAUGAGGAUGAUGAUGAAUAAAUGCUUUGUCUGCUGUAUAAAUUGUGCUGAAGCCCAUUGUUUUUGCUAAGAAUGUGAACUCGAGUGCAGCUCAUUUUGUUAGCUUGGUUAUACAAAACUGUACAGAAUUGUGUAUAGGUAAUGUGAUUGUUAGGGAAAACCUAUAUUUUAAUAUAAGUAGUGGACGGGCUGUUAGUGUAAGAGCUUCUGAUGUGGGAUUAUUCUGCAUAUUUAAUGAAUCCAAUGGUAGCAAAGUGUGUUAGUAACAAGACCCAUUUAUUCUUUAGACCUUAUAGACCUGGUGCAUUGUACUUUUCUAACUUUUUUUAGCUGUUUUUGUAAUAAAAUUUAUAUAUCCCA